UCAAGAUAACACCACUUAAACAAACAUCACUAUCAACUGGUAUGUCUCACAUAGAUACAACUGUAGAACACAUUUCGUAAUAUUUAGCGUUUGUUCGUGUAGCAGCAACAAAGAAAAUAUGAUUAUUUUGAUGUUAAUAAUAACAGUUUCUUCCGUGACAGCAGAUGUUGGAUAUUUCUGGCAUGUGACAGAUUUCCACUGGGAUCAUACUUACAUGAGUCAGGACCUUUCCUGUAAUGAAGUCGUAGAAACCUAUGGUAUAUAUGGUGAUUAUUGGUGUGAUGCCCCCUGGAAACUGGUGAACGACAGCGUUGAAGCAAUGAAGGCACUGAAACCUGAUCCUGACUUUAUAUUGUGGACAGGAGACAAUACUCCCCAUACAAGUGAUGAAAACGUUAAUUUUGAAAUCCAUGAUGCAAUAUUGGGGAACAUUACUAAUCUUCUGAAGGACGUAUUUACGACUGUUCCUGUGUAUGCCACGUUAGGAAACCACGACUACUUUCCUCAUAACCAGUUCCCAGAGACUGGUAAUUUGCUGUAUAACAGGUCUUAUGAUAGAUGGAAAAGUUGGAUUGGUGAAGAAAGCAUGGAUCCAUUUCUCCGCGGUGCAUAUUACACACUUAAGACUGCAACUGGUUUGAGAAUUGUUGGACUGAAUACAAAUCUUUACUAUACUUCUAACAAACAAACUGGUAGUACAGAGGAUCCCGCCGGCCAGUUUGUCUGGUUAGAGAAAGUACUGGAAGCAGCAAAGGUAGCCAAUGAAAAGGUUCUAGUAACGGCACACGUACCACCGGGUGUAAAUCCCACCACUGGUAGAGUCCCCUGGAUGUAUCCACAGUAUAAUACCAAACUGAACAGUAUAUUCAUGAACUAUACAGAACAGAUUAUUGGGAUGCACUUUGGACACGAACAUUCAGACAAUUUUAGGGUCUACCAUGACGACGCAGGUGAGGGUGUAAUUGCACAGUUUUGUGCGCCUUCUGUAACGCCUUGGCGGUACAAAUUUGCUGGUAGAACUGGACCCGCUCAUAAUCCAAGUUUCAGGCUACUAAAAUACGACAGAUCGAAUGGAAACUUGCUAGACUUUACACAGUAUUAUAUGGAUUUACCAGAAGUCAAUAGGAACAAUCAAUCUGAAUGGAAAAUCGAAUAUAAUGCCACCACGGCCUAUGGGUUGGUUGACCUCUCUCCUUCGUCGAUGGCACAACUUGUUACCCGGAUGAAAACUCAGAAGAACCAAGAAUUUCAAUCUUUCCGUAAAUUCUGGACAGUUAGUGUUAGUGAGAAUUAUAAAGAACUAUGUGAUGAAAAAUGCCAUGCUGGUUUUUAUUGUAAUUCUAGACAUUUGGAAAAAGACAGUUUUGAAAACUGCUUUAAUGGUCUUACAACUUCGGCAGCACCGUUUUCGCCAAAUUAUAAUGGCUUAACAUUCAGUCUCCUAGUGAUAUGUUCAACUUUUGUCACACAGUUUGUUUAAAUUAAAUACUUUUCUGUUUACCAAUUGAUGAAAAAUAGUGGAUCUUCUAAAAGCUAGAUCAUGUACAAACACUUAGUUAAACCCUUUCGUGAUUAAAACAAAUACAAAUAUGUCACGUAUAACUUUGUACCAUCUUUCAUAUUCUUGUUACGAUUUUCGGUCCACAUAAUUGAUAGUUGCCUUAUAACUAAUAUCUUGAUAUUCUUACACAUCUGUAAAUAGUGUACAAUUACUCUAUAAAGAACUAGAAAUCCUACUAAUUAGAUAUAGGAAGAUGUGGUAUGAGUGCCAAUGAGACAACUCUUCAUCCAAGUAACAAUUUAUAAAAGUAAACCAUUAUAGGUCAAGGUACGGCCUUCAACACGUAGCAUUGGCUCACACCGAACAGCAAGCUUUAAAGGGCCCCAAAAAUUACUAGUGUAAAACCAUUCAAACGGGACAACCAACGGUCUAAUCUAUAUAAAAACGAGAAACGGGAACACGUAUGAACUACAUAAUCAGACGACAACUACUGUACAUCAUAUUCCUGACUUAGGACAGGUGCAAACAUUUGAAGCGGGACUAAGAAUACAAAUAAAUUUUUACCCUUUCGCUUGGAAUAAGAAACAUUUAAAAUGGGUGAAGGUGGAGGGGUGUAAAUCACUUACAGCUGAUGUAUUCAAAAUCAACCAUAUCAUUGUUGAAGGCCGUACAGUUGCCUUUAAUUGCUUACAUCCACUUCAUUUGAACUUUGGUGGAUAGUUGUCUCAUUGGCAAUUAUACCACAUCUCCUUAUUUUUAAACAUAUCGUACAUUUGUAAAUGAAACAAUCGUUGUCGGUAAACUUUAGAAAUAUAAAAAAAAAAUGUGCAUCUUUUAAGGCAUGACAUAUUAUCUGUGUAGAGAACUUCUAUUUUGUAUGCAAAGAUUAUAAACAUAAUAUGAAGUUUACUGUGAAUUUCAAAUGUUUAUUGAUUGAACAGAAAAUAGGAAAUUGCUGAGACAUGUUUCCAUUAUACUUUACAUGGGGUUUAAUUUUUCAUACCAACCACAUCCUCUGAUUAUCAUAAAACAUAAUUUUCUGUUAAGAAAAUGAAGUGCAAAAAAAAAAAAUUGUUUACUGAAUAGGGUUAUUUGCUACUCCAGUCAUACACAUUUUUUGCUAUUUGCUAGACGUGAUGCUACCAAAGCUUAUAGUUAUAAUGAGAUCCAUAAUUUGUGUUUAAACUAUUGCUGUGAUAAUUGAACCUCCGGGUUCGUGGAAUCUUUUUAACGAACCAAUGCUUAUUCAUUGUAUCUACAUUAUAAAAGCCUCUUAAUUGUAUUCUUUUCCGUAAGACUAAUAUACAGUUUACAUCUUUAUUACUUGCGUAUCAUAAAGUUUUGUCAGAACAAUCGUCUGCAUAUUGUUUAUAUCUGUAAUAUGUUUCUUGAAUAAAUAUUUAUUUUUUA